AUGCUCCGCCUUGCGGAUGAGGUACUCGCGGCGAUCGUGGAGAAAGGUGGCAUCAGCGGCCUCCUGGAGUUCUGGAGUAGCGGCGAUCACCAAGGUAGGUUCAGGAGGAGGAGGGCCAGGGGGAAUGGAGGGAGGAGGGGGUUCACCGGGGUGAAUGGGUGCCGUGGGCUGGAGAGCGUGCGGGCGGCGGAGGAGGACGUCGAGGACGCAGUAGGGUCCGACGAAGGCGUCCUGGAGGAUACGGCGGAUGCUCCCGACGAAAGAGUGCCAAUUGACAGCCGAGCGGUCCGCGGCAAGCUGGAGCGGGGACAAGGAGGCGCCGCGGCGGGAAGCGCGGGCGACGACGGUGUGGUCGCGGCGGCGGAGAUGCGGGCGGCUGGCGGUGCAGUCGUGGCGGCGGAAAUUGCGGGAGCGGCGGCGGGGGGAGGCGACGAUGCGAAAUCGCGGCGGUGGGACGGGCAGGGGGCGACGAGCAGGUCGCGGCGGCAGGAUGCGGAGGCGCGACUUGAGGUCGCGGCGGCGGGACGUGCAGGCGGCGGCUUUAGGCGGCGACGCGAAGUCGCGGCGGCUGGACGGGCAGGCGGCGACGAAGCGUCGCGGCGGCGGGAAGGGGAGGCGACGACGGGGCGUCGCGUCGGAGGGAUGGGCAGGCGGCGCCGAAGUAGGCGCGGCGGCGGGAUGCGCAGGCGGCGCCGAAGUAGGCGCGGCGGCGGGAAGGGGGGAGGAGGCGGCGACGAGAGGUCGGCGGUGGGAAGAGCAGGCGGCGACGAGCCGUCGCGGCGGCGGGAUGCGCAGGCGGCGCCGGAGGAGGCGCAGCGGCAGAAGGGGGAGGCGGCAACGGGGGGGUCGCGGCGACGGGAGGAGGGGGGGAGCGGUGAUGCGUUCGCGGCGGUGGGAUCCGCAGGCGAGGAGGGCGCAAUCUCGGCGGGGGGAGGGAACGGCGGCGACGGUGUAGUCGGUGUGGGAGCUGCUCGCUCUCAGCAUUGUUCACCACGAGGUGGAGACAAGGCACUAGCGCGCUACCUUUCUCCAUACCCAACUGAUUUUUUUCCUUUCGCCCUCCCUUCGCUCUCAUCCAUCCCCAUCAGUCGGUUCGGUGUGGGAGCUGCUCGCUCUCAGCAUUGUUCACCACGAGGUGGAGACAAGGCACUAGCGCGCUACCUUUCUCCAUACCCAACUGAUUUUUUUCCUUUCGCCCUCCCUUCGCUCUCAUCCAUCCCCAUCAGUCGGUUCGGUGUGGGAGCUGCUCGCUCUCAGCAUUGUUCACCACGAGGUGGAGACAAGGCACUAGCGCGCUACCUUUCUCCAUACCCAACUGAUUUUUUUUCCUUUCGCCCUCCCUUCGCUCUCAUCCAUCCCCAUCAGUCGGUGUGGGAGCUGCUUGCUCUCAGCAUUGUUCACCACGAGGUGGAGACAAGGCACUAA